AUGCCAGGGGCAGCCCCGCUCCCCACGUACAGCUCCACCCCUGCUGCUCGUGGCACCGAGUGCCGAGCUGCUCCUCUGCCCCCGCGUUCGGCUGGAGACCAGCCCGGCGGGGACUGCCCGCCGCUGCUGCCAGCACGGACACACCGAGAGGCAGCAGAGGGGUCGGGGUGGGGAGGCUGCGGGUCCGGAGCGGGAGGCUCCAGCCCCAGGCUCGCCUGCGCUGCCCACCGCGCCAGAGCGCGCAUCCGCAUCCUCCUUGCCCGUGUGCGGGCGCGGGCGGGCGGGGCGCUGCGGGCAGCGGUGCCGAGGAGCCCGGCCCUGCCCGUGGCAGCCGGCUGCGACCGGCGGCGACGGCGAGGUCUCUGCCGCCGGGCCGGCUGCCAGCACCGCCGUCCCGCCAGCGGCAGCGCGGCCGGGCUCGGGAGUGCCCCGAGGCGGGGGAGCGGCCCCCGCGGCCCCGAGAGCCCGCCGAGCCCCUUCCCAGCGCUGCGCCUGCGACGCCGGGAAGCGCCAGCGGGGCAGCGGGGUGAUGUCACCGCUGUCGCUGCCCGCCGAUGGCCGCCUGCCAGCCCGCCUGGCCGCAGGCCCCGGCCCCGGCCCCGCUCCGUCCAUGCCGCAGGGCGGAGAGCCGCCGGCAGCAUCCGGGCGCGUCCUGCGGGAGAACGGGAUGCGGGCUCCGCAGUGUCCCUGUGCCGCCGGCAGCCGGGGAAACAGGGAACAGCACCGGAGCACCGGGGUGGGGACAGGCAGCAGCUGAGCCGGGAAACGUGGCUAGAGAAAUUGUAUUUUGAAGACAACCAAAAGAAGAACGUGUUCUGGGUGUGGCUGCAUGUGAUUUACCCAAUAGCCAAAGUGGGGGGGCGCCGAAGGGGAAAAACAGAGCGUCUGCUGCUGAAGGGAGUGGAAGCUGAGGGCUGCAGGAUGAAGACCUCUGGAACCUGUAUACUGUUUUGUGUCUUAACACUCUUCUUGUCCCCAGCUGACUGGUUUCCAUGGAUGGUCAAUGGGCAAGAACUGGAAAGUGUAACUGGUGGAGUUACCCCUGACAGCAGCUCUGGUGCAGCUGUCACACCACCUGCGCUUCUUCCUCCUGUUCAGUCUGACAGUGAAACGUCAACAGCUUCAUCAGACUGUCGUGAGGAAAAGUUCCCUUGCACACGCCUGUACUCCGUUCACAAGCCAGUAAAGCAGUGUAUCAGCUACCUCUGUGUUACAAGCGUGCGUCGCAUGUACAUAAUAAACAAGGAGGUGUGCACUCGCAUUGUCUGCAAGGAGAAUGAGGUCAUGCAAGAUGAGAUCUGUCGCCAGCUGGCUGGUCUUCCUCCUCGACGUCUCCGCCGAUCCGGGCAGCCCCUUCCUCUCCCUUGCAGACAGCUGCUGGAGCAGCAGCGCAGGCCUGGUGCUCUGUGAGCUACCAACAGCAGGAGAGGAAAAGGAAGAGAUACAAGGGAAGUCAUUAUCCACUACCUACAGUCCAAGACAAGUGCUUCUUGUUUGUGAUUCCCCCAUCAUUUCCUUGCUUCUAUGCCUUCUUCUACAUCCUCUUCUUCAGGUGCUGCAGUGCACAGAGUACCCUCUCUGCUAGUCUGUCAUGGUAGCUGUUGUCAUCUUUAUAAUCUAUUGCUGAGAAUGUGAGAUUCUCUCCUCUUUUCUCUCACACUCUGCCUGGCAGGCUGUGAGCUGCUCACUUCCCAGAGGUUCUUAUAAAUGUGCUGUACCUUCUCUUGCUUUGCCCCUGGAGAGAGACAGAAAUGGGGACAAGAUGUAGUCCUCCUCAGUGGUUCAGAUGCCCUAAGCUGCAGCUCAUCUCACCUUCAUGCCCUAGGACUCCUGCCCUAGAUUUCUUGCCUGGCAUCAGCAUGAGCUCGGACGUGGUUGGCCAGCCUGAGCCUCUCCAAUUCUCCAGAGCCACCGAGUUUGUUGUGUGAUAGCACAUUCUCCUCCUUGUGUCUGCUGGCCUCAGGGAAGUGUCAGAACUUGGAGAUGAGCUGUCCUGAACCCAUUGUCCCUGGGUGGCAACAGAUCAUUUAUAACUACCUCUGGGAAGUUUUUGUCUCAAGCCCAUUGCCUCCCUCACACACAUCUGCUACCAAAAAGAAAAAUUCUGAAUUUAGUAUGGCAUUAUAUUUUUCUCAAGAAGACUAUGUUGGAUCAGAGUUCUGUCUCUUCUACUCCUCCUCUCCUCUCCCCUGUUCUUGUCCCUCUCUUCCCACUGAAGACAUCUCUUGACACCCAUUCCAGGAAAGUUCCAGGGAGCAGAAAUUACAGCUGCCUCCACUCCUAAGCCCAAGAAGAACUUGUGUGACCUGACAUUACCUGUGACCUUGCAAUGAAUUAUCUUGUCAUAGUGUCUUAUCUUGGUCUGGCUACCUCCACACUCUCCCAUUACUGUGCCUGCUUUCAAUCUCCAGUUGAGUUCCUACCUCCUGACCUGGAAGCUCCUGCGCAAAGCAGAAAGGAGUAGCAAAUUGGAAUUGGAUGUGGGAGCAGAAUCAUUAUCUGGGACUGCUGUUUAUCUGGGACCUGGGAUUUUCCUGCAGAAUCUCUCACUGUGCUGGCUUGCACAGAGCCAGGUGCUGAUGGGGAAGGUAAACAUAUCUGCAGGUAUAAGCACAUAUACAGGGCAGCCUGGGCAGAAGAAUUCACUGUAGCAGCACUGGAUGUCUGGUCUGCCCAAGGACUUGGUCUUCUAGAUAUAUGGAGAACAUUUCCAGGUAUAUGGGCAGUUUUAAUGAUGAAACCAGGUAGGGUAAGUGGGGAAGAGCAGUCAGAAUUGUAUUAAUCACUCCAUGUUACUCUUAGUGGCAUGAUUCUGUGGGACACCAGAGGAUCAGCAAGACCCUGUCUCUAGGAUCUCUGGGUUGUUCCCAAGUAACUGGAAGCCAGUUUGCUAGAUUUGGCAUUUACUCCCCUUGCAUGAUAAACUCUUCUGCUGAACAGAGACCAUUCAGUCUUGUAGGAGCACUGCCCUGUUGCACAGAGCCAGGGUCACACAGUAUCGGGGACAGUUUGCUGCACAGAGGCAGACGUCUCAGAAAAAGAACAAAGCCAUUAGUGUAGGACCACCUCGCCAGGACCUGCAUUUUUGCUGUAUGCAGCAAGAAGCUGGUUACAUCCUCUGUGUAGGGGAAUACACCCUCUGCAGACAGAUUCCAUAUGAGACCAAAAUUAGCCCUAGGUGGGCUAAAUCUCCCUAUAUUAAUGCAGUAUAGAAGAGAAAGAAUUCCAAAUCACACAGUGACUAGAAUUUUGUCCUACAUAUAGGAGCACUGCACUGCUACUCAGAGGAUGAUGCUCCUCUCAAGUACUCCAGGCUCAUGAGACUAGGAAUGAAGGAGGAAUUUCUUUGUACUAAGAGGGUGCAUAUUUCUGUAGAGAUGAGGGUACUGAGAGCUUCAUCUCACAAAGACAUUCAAGCCACUGGCAGCCACUGGCCUCCAUGCUGGGAUACCUGUGAAAAUUGUGUGGAGGAAGGUAUGAUGGAGAUGGGAUGUGAGAUCUUGGAAAAUGGACUAGGUCAAGUAUGCACUCUGUAUUUAGAGGUGAAUAUGUAUUGCUAUAGAUACAUAACUGGGUAACAUAGCUACUGUACAGCAUAUAGAAAUUUAACUUUCAUACAGGUUGGGAAGUGGUUAGAAGCCUUUCUGUUGCUUGCUUUCAGCAGUGAAAGGAAGAGGUGCUCCUGUCCAGGAGAACACUGUUUUAAUGCUAGAGACUAUAUAAUCCAUAUUAAAAGAAAAUUUAUUUCCUGUUAUUCUUGGCAACUCU